AUGUCUUUAACCGGACCUUUGGGCUCGGUAGCCCUCAAUGACGGAAGAUCUGGUGCUCCUCGAAAGGUCGCAUACUUCUACGACGAUGACAUUGGCUACUAUGCCUACCCAGUCGGUCACCCGAUGAAGCCUCAUCGAAUCCGACUUGCCCAUAACUUGAUCAUGCAUUAUAACCUCUACAGACAUAUGGAAGUAUAUCGUGCGAAGCCAGCCACGAAGAUGGAAAUGACACAAUUCCACACGGACGAGUACAUUGAUUUCCUCCAAAAGGUCACCCCAGACAACAUGGAUGCGUACCAAAAAGAGCAGGGCAAGUAUAACGUGGGAGACGACUGCCCUGUUAUUGACGGGCUCUUCGAAUUUUGCGGUAUCAGUGCGGGCGCUUCGAUGGAAGGAGCCGCAAGACUUAACAGACAGAAGUGUGACAUUGCAGUGAAUUGGGCAGGAGGUCUCCAUCACGCUAAGAAGAGCGAAGCAAGUGGCUUCUGCUACGUAAAUGGUUUGUCUCCUUUAUCCCCCCACUUCCUCCUCUUCGCGGCACGAGAUAUUAACAUUUCGGCAGACAUCGUUCUCGGUAUUCUCGAGCUUCUUCGAUUUAACAAGCGCGUACUCUACAUCGACAUUGAUGUCCAUCAUGGCGAUGGUGUCGAAGAAGCUUUUUAUACUACGGACCGAGUCAUGACCGUGUCCUUCCACAAGUAUGGAGAGUACUUCCCGGGUACUGGUGAGCUGCGCGAUAUCGGUAUUGGCCAGGGAAAGCAUUAUGCUGUCAACUUCCCUAUGCGCGACGGUAUCACCGACAUGUCGUACAAGUCUGUCUUCGAGCCCGUCAUCUCUGGAGUGAUGGAGUUCUUCAGGCCCGACGUCGUUGUUCUCCAAUGCGGUAGCGACAGCUUGUCCGGUGACCGUCUCGGAUGCUUCAACCUCAGCAUGCGCGGACAUGCAAACUGUGUCGGGUUCGUCAAGAGCUUUAACAAGCCGACUUUGGUCGUCGGCGGAGGCGGUUAUACUAUGCGCAACGUAUCCCGUACGUGGGCUUACGAGACUGCUGUUGUCCUGGGCAAGGCGCACGAGCUGGACCCCAACAUUCCGUAUAACGAAUACUACGCCUACUAUGGUCCCGAUUUCCAGCUGGAUGUGCGACCUUCCAACAUGGAGAAUGCCAAUAGCCCCGAGUACCUCGAGAAGAUCAAGGCGGCGGUAAUGGAGAACCUACGACACACAGUCCCCGUCCCAUCAGUCCAAAUGCAGGACAUUCCCCCGUCGUUCGGCGCCAUGACGGACGAAGAGGAGGCCGAAUUGGAUGAUCUCAACGAGGAUAUGAACAAAGACGUUCGGGUCACCCAACGCGACACCGAGAAGAGGAUCGUUCACGGUGCCGAGUUUGAGGACAGCGACGAUGAGGAAGGCGCCAUUAGGCCUAACGGCACGCGAGCCGGCGCCAAGCGACAGUUCACCGACUUUAAGAACGACGACGGUGCAGCGGAGAGCGGAUCGGCCACCCCCGCUAACCAAUCUACGACGGCUGCGGAACCCGCCGAAGUCGAGGACCCCGACGUCACCAUUGAGGAUGCCAGUAUCAGCGCCCCCGCCCCCGCGGCGGCUGAGGACAAGCCCGCUAGGGCCGGUAGCCCACCCAAGAAGACAAAGACGGAGGAUGAGCCCGCGGCGGCUGCCGAUGCCGCUAUAUCGGACAAGGACGACACCGAGAAGGAGAAGGAGAAGGAGAAGGGAGCUGAAGCGCAACAUCCUGAAGCUGACAAGGAGGACAAGCCCGCUGAGAAGGAAGCCGAGAAGCCAGUAGACGCUGACGGGGACAUUGGCAUGGAGGACGCCAUUGUUAAGAAGGAGGAUGACAAACAAUGA